AUGCGGGGCGGGCGCUGCGCGGGAGGCCGGGGCCGGCCCGGGGGAUGUGUCCGGCCUCGCUGCCCCCGGGUGCGCUGCUGUUCGCCCCUUGCCCGGCGGGGGUGGGUCCGGUUCCCGACAAAAAGCCGGCGCUGCGGGGCAGAGGAGCCAGGCCGGUGCCGGUCCUGCUGCGGUGCAGCCCCAGGAUGCUUCUGCUCGUCGCUUCAUUCGUUUCUUUCGUUUCCUUCUGCCUGCAGGCGGGCAUGGGUGUUUACAAAGAGCGUGAUCUGGGACUUCAGGGGUUCGGUUACAGCAGAGGUUGGAAAACUUCUUGGUGAAGAAAAGGUGGAUGCAAUCUUGUGUGUAGCAGGAGGAUGGGCUGGAGGCAGCGCCAAAGCUAAAUCUUUAUACAAAAACUGUGAUCUGAUGUGGAAGCAGAGCAUUUGGACGUCCACUAUUUCCAGCCACCUAGCCACAAAACAUCUGAAAGAUGGCGGCCUGUUGACUUUGACAGGAGCUCAAGCUGCUUUAUCUGGAACCCCAGGGAUGAUUGGCUAUGGCAUGGCCAAAGGAGCAGUGCACCAGCUUUGUCAGAGUUUAGCUGGUGCCAAUAGUGGCUUGCCAUCUGGUUCUGCUGCUGUUGCCAUUUUACCGGUUACCUUAGAUACACCAGCAAACAGGAAAUCAAUGCCUGAUGCAGACUUCAGUUCCUGGACACCCUUAGAAUUCAUUGCUGAAACCUUUUAUGACUGGAUAACAGGAAAGAAUCGACCCAACUCGGGGAGUCUAAUCCAGGUGAUAACUACAGGAGGGAAGACUGAACUAGUUGCAGCACAUCUUUAAUUUCAGGCACUUAAGAUGGUGAAACUACAGCAGAGGAGAAGCUAUGGAAAAAUCUGUCUGCCAGUAUAAUUUAGAUCAUCUUCUAUAUCCAGUGAUUGUAUUUAUGUCAUUAAUGGAACCAGAUUUCAAGUAAUGUUCUGUGAUGUAAGCUAUCAGCAUUUGCUUACCAACAAGUAUUUGUCUCUAAAUGGAAGUUGCAGGCUUUCACGUCUGUAGAUGUCCUAAUUCUGCAUAUUUACUUGCCUGUUUU